AAUAAACACGUGUGUGGUGAAUAGCCAUAGGUUUCUUGAAUCUAGUUACUUUAACAAGAUUAUACGAUCACUUUGCAAGGUUCCACGGUCGUAUAUAAGCGGAUUCCGAAGUGUUUAUGUCGGCAGUUGACAGAAGCGUUUAUGUAUAUGACCGAUCAUAAGUCACCACACCCAGUGACCGCCGGAUUGUCGGUUUUAGUAUUUAACAGUUUCUAGUUCGGAUGAUUGUUCGCGCGUCGUCGCGUUGGAGUGGUGUGCCUCGGCUGAAAGGCCUGCCGAAAGGACAGGGCUCCGCGCUCGAGGACAGUUUGCGGCCCUCCGCUCUGAGAAUCAUGGAGUGCCGCAUGUCAGAAGAAGCCAAAGAACAGAAAAGAAUCAAUCAAGAGAUAGAGCGGCAACCCGAAAGGACAAAAGAGAUGCUAGAGAGAACUCAAACUGCUCCUGCUCGGUACUGGCGAGUCAGGCAAGUCAACAUUUAUCAAGCAGAUGAGAAUCAUCCACGGCUCGGCUACAGCGACGAUGACAAGCGUGGAUUUAUCAGUCGUCUAUCAGAACAUCUUUAUGGCGGCGGUUAUGAUAUGAUACGCGCUGUGGAUCUGCCAAAAUACAAUACGGGAAUCCGUCCAAUGUAG